AUGUCGAAUCCUUUGCCAGGCAAUCGCAUUGAUGAGAUUCCCUGUUUCACCUUCCCCAGCAGGAUUCCUGUCCCGCUCAAUUCCCGCUUUGUCCCGCAGGGCCGCGAGUUCCGCGCGCACCGCGCCGUGCUGGCCGCGUCCUCGCCCUUCUUCCACGAUCAGCUGUUCCUGAAGAACCUGGACUCCAUCGAGCUGCCCAGCGUCAUGGACCCCGCGGCCUUCGCGCUGGUGCUGGGCUGCGCCUACACCGGGCGCCUGUCCAUGGCCCGCGGGGACCUGCUCAGCUUCCUGACGGUGGGCAGCGUGCUGCAGAUGUGGCACAUCGUGGACAAGUGCACCGAGCUGCUGCGGGAGAGCCACGCUGCCGAGCCGCCCGCUUCCUCCUUGUCCUCAUCAUCCUCGUCGUCUUCAUCAUCCUCCUCCUCCUCCUCACGGCUGCUCUCCAGCCGUGCCAGCGACAGCCAACACCCCAGCAGCACUGCUCCCGGCGCCGCUGCCUGAGCUCCCGGCGGGGAAAGCGGGCAGCGAGGAGGAGGAGGAGGAGGAGGGCAGCGAGGAAGGGGCCCGGGCUCUGCCCCGAAAACCGUGGGUUUUGGUCAAGCGCCAGUGGCUGCAGGAGGACCUGGUGCUCACCUGUGAGGAGGAUGAGGAACCCAUGGUGGGGGAGUGCUGGGAAAAUCCGGGAAUUCCCAGCGGGAAUGAGGGCGGGGAGGGUGGGAAAGGGAGCACGGGAGAGGAGGGGGUGCCCGGCCAGGAAAAUCUGGGAAUGGGACCCAGGAAUAGCCGGGAAAAUCCGGGAAUGGGAUCCGGGAGGGGCCAGGGUGCCUGCGUCCGUGAGGGGAUCCACAGAAUUCCGCAGGGAAAUGAGGGAAUUCUGCACAGAAAUGAGGGAAUUCUGCACGGAAGUGAGGAAAUUUCGCACCAAAAUGAGGGGAUUUUGCAUGGGACCGG